AUGCCUCCAAUCAGCGCCCCCGUGACCGCCCAAGAGCUGGAGACUCUUUCAAAUAAGGCCAUUGCUGCAAAAUCAUCAGCCUAUUGCCCGUACUCUAAAUUCCGUGUCGGCGCUUGUAUCCUCACAGCGUCGGGGGAGUUUGUCGUGGGUGCAAACGUUGAGAAUGUCGCAUACCCUGUUGGCACCUGCGCAGAGCGUGUUGCCUUUGGCACGGCUAUUGUGGCGGGUCACAAGGACUUCAGAGCCAUUGCUGUUUCGACAGAUAUCAAGCCUGGCGCGUCGCCUUGUGGAAUGUGCAGACAAUUUAUGCGCGAGUUUACGACUCCCUCGUUCCCGGUGUAUAUGUAUGACGCCGAUGGGAACUAUACCGUCAAGACCAUGGGUGAGCUUCUGCCGGACUCGUUCGGCCCGGAUGAUUUGCCCCGAUGA